UUUAGAAGACGAUAAUAUCCUUGUUGUUUCUGCUGGAAACAGCAUGGCGUUAAGCGAACUUCUAGAUUCUCUCGCUAAACCUAAUCCUACGUUUAACGACGUUGACGAUGACUUUGGAGACAAUACAACAGCACAGCUCAGCAUCCAUGGCACAGAAGAUGAUGCGAAGGAUGGUGAGCAGAUACAGAAAUCAACGAAGCUGAAGAGACAAGCUGCUUCACUGUUGUCUGACACAGAUACCAGGUAUGCUGGGCGGAAGACCUCGAGGAAAGAGUUGAUGCAGGAUUCUGGAAAAGGAUCGACAGGUGACAGUGAAGAUGGUGUAUCGUCACAUGAUGACGACGACGAUGAUGAUGAUGCUGAAGAUGGUGAAGAUGAUGAUGAUGAUGAUAGUAAUGAUGGUGAUGAAGAUAUUGCAGGUUUCUGUCAACUCGUACAGAAGAAAUCUCUCGGAAGCAAUGGCUUAAAACUGUCAAGUGAAAUAGAUGAUGAUGAUGAUGGUGAUGCGAUGGCAGAAGAUAUGGAUGGCGAUGAUGAUGAUGAUGAUGAUGAUGAUGACGAUGAUGGCGACAGUGGCAGUGACGCCAGUGGUGAUGGCGACUCUGAUAAAGCUGCUGGGUCAGAGGAACCUGCUGGACAUAAAGAAUCAAUGGACAUUGAAGACCCAGGGGUCAACAUGAUGAAACAGCUCUCAGAUAUGUCUAGUGACAAACAGAAAGGUCUUGCUGUACAAACACAACUUGGACUUUUGGAUAAUCUGUUGGAAGGUCGAAUUAAAUUACAGAGGACAGUGUCGCUUGUUAACCAAAUCCCUCAACCCUCUACCUGGCACCAUUUCAUGGCCCUUGGCAAGGAUAAGUAUACCUCGGCUGUACAUACAGUUCAAAACCAAUUGUGUCAUCUUCUCAACACACUGAUUCAUCUACAGACGUCUCUCCUUCUGAAGGACACACAGACAAAGCAUGUUGUCACUGGGGAGGAGAUGUCAAAAGACGGGGACAGCAAGAACAAUGGUGUUGAAGAUGAUGAUGAUGAGGAGAUUCCUAGCGAUGACGAAGGGGAAGUUACAGUCAACUCACAGUCCUCUGUUACAGUUGACUGCAAAGUGAAGAAAAGGAAGUUGUUGCCUCCACAAAUCCGGGGAUUCCUUACUAAAAGGGCACGUAAAUUCGAAACUUGUCGUAAUGCUGUGAUACAGAAAUGGGACACCAAGACCAGGCUCGCCUCAGGGAAACUCAACAAAAAGUCUUUCAAUGCACUGGAACAGUCAGCUUUAAAACAGAUUGAACAGGUUUUAUAUGACAAAGAACGGCUAAUAAAACGCACCCAGAUUCAACGGUCAUCAUACAAGAUCUAUGGUCAGCCCGACAAGGAAGAGUCCAUCACGGAUGACAGGGAUGAUUCUGUAGCUAUCAGCAAAGAAGCACAAGACAAGAACACACGAGAAACAGAGAUCUUUGAUGAUACAGACUUUUACCAUUUGUUACUUCAAGAUUUCAUUCGGAAAAAGUCAAUGACUGGUAAUGCAAGUUCAGUAAACAGGCAAUACCAAGAGAUUCAACAACUCCGUGACAAGAAGAAAAGGAAAGUUGACCCAAGGGCCAGCAAGGGAAGAAAACUCAGGUAUGAUGUACAUAAAAAACUCGUUAACUUCAUGGGACCUAUUGAUCAGUCGAGCUGGACAGAUGAAGCAAGAGAUGAACUCUAUCGGUCACUAUUUGGCCAGUACUACCAGAAUGACCAGUGACCACAGGCUGUGCAGGACUUGAAACCUUGUCCAAUGUGUAUAUGUUAAUGGUAGAGGUGGGAGUGGUGACACUAACCAUUGAUGGUGGAAGCAAUUAGUUUGUCCUAGACCUGACUGGUUGAUCAAUAAAAACAUUUUAACAUUCA